AUGCAAGAUUGCCCCUCGCAACCGAGCAAAUAUCGUCGUGUCGUCUCAGAGCGUGCAGAUUCAGAUUCAUUCGGCGAUGUUCACUCUUGGACCGAGAAUAGGACCGCAUCUGCGCCUACGUCCGCGCCUACAUCCGCACCAACGUCUGCAGUCGCCUCUACAUAUUCCCAUGUGUCGCCUGCAUCGUCUACACCCGUGUACUACACCAAAACGGGCCGGCGGCAGAUGAGGAAAGCCGUCAACGUUGCCUGUGAAUCUUGCCGGAAGCGCAAAAUAAAGUGCAAUGGAAACCGCCCGAAGUGCGCAGGUUGCGAGAUGCGCGAUGUCGAGUGCAGUUACGACUCGGCCUAUCGUGAAGAGACAAACGCGGCCGUGCUGAAGCGCAAGUAUCGAGAGGAAAACAAAAAAUCAACUGCUUUUGAGGAGCUGUUCACUGCUUUUCAGACUUGCUCGGAGAAGGAUGCAAUGACCAUGUUCAGCCUGGUACGCCAAGGUGCUGACCCUGGAACCCUUUUGAGGCAGAUCAGAGAAUGCGAUCUUCUGCUGCAGCUCUCUGUCGUCCCGGAGACUCGGAGACGCUACCAGUUCCCAUAUCUUGCCGCCAUGCCAGCCCGCCUUCAAACCCCGGACAACCCAUAUCUCAAGUCGGUGUUGUAUGAAACUGCCUUUCUCAAAAUAGGACAAGAGGGCAGCCAAGGGAGCACAGAAUCGAAAUAUGCACACCCCGGCCACUAUCAGGAUAUAUAUCUGCAGCCGUAUCAUGCCGCUGAACUCUUGGAUCCCCUGAUUGACCUCGUCAAGCCCUCCGAGUGGACCAAGGUAUCCGCCGACGACCACUUGAUGCGGAUGCUCUUACGAGCUUACAUUCUCCACGAGUAUCCAACCUUUCCCAUAUUCCACAAGGAUAUCUUUUUCCAGGCCAUGAUUGACCAUGACUCGCGGUUUUGCUCGCCAGUGCUCGUCAACGUCUUGCUGGCGGAAGCAUGCCACUCCUUGAUUGACAUACCCAAUCGGAGCCAGUUCUGGGUACCCCAGAGUCUCAGAUAUCGCUUUCUAGCCGAAGCGAAGCGCUUGUGGGAGCUGCAAAGCGACAGGGUGGACUUGGUUUCCGUGCAAACCGCGACGCUUCUGAAUCUCAUCUAUAGCCACAACGGCAUGGACAAGAUCGGCCACACGUACUUGAUGCAGGCCCUCAAAGUUGCCCAGCAACUAGACUUGUUCGGAGAUCAUGCGAACGAGAAGAACGAGAGAAUGGUCCAUGCUCGUGUCUUUACGGCCUGGGCUCUCUUCAACUGGCAGUGCAUACAAUCGUACUACUAUUACCGGGCUCCUCUGAUUCCUGAUCCGCCAGCCACUCCGCUGCCCAAUCCAUAUGAGCAUCCGUUUUGGUAUGGAGAUUUCAAGCUGAGGUACCCGCUGAACUCGACGUUGGUUCCGGCACAAUAUGGGCAUUAUUUCAAAGCAAUCUCCGGGCUGCGUUCCAUCAUCCACGACAUGGCUGCAGUCAGCUACGGCCUGAAAGAAGGUGCCACAGCAUCUCCCGGUCAAAUCUGGUCCAUAUUCUCAAGGCUAGAGAAAUGGUAUGCCGAGCUGCCUAUUACUCUCGCACCUCACAAUAUCGUCUUCCCAUGGCAGCUUAAAGUGCACAUGGAGCUUUACUUGGCCACCAUCCUAUUCUCUACAAAGCAAGCCGGACUUUCGGGGGCUUCAACCCUCAUGAAAGAAACUGCUCAAAAGACUGCUGCCCAUGCAGCCGCUCGCCUCGAGACUGUCGGGCGCCUCUACUAUAUCCGGCACAGCUUUGAACACUGCGAUCCCUUCUUGACGAUUCAUCUGUCGUUCAUAGCUGGUGGAGCAAUGGACAGCCUCAAAUUGACUCCUGCUCACGACGUUGAGACUAUCAAAUCUCUAAGAUCGACAAUCAUUUUGAGCUUGAAAGGGCUAUAUGAUCAAGGCCAACACAUUCAUCUCACCUCAGUAAUCUACCGGCUGUUGCGGGAUCGACUUGAGCCCCCAGACCUGGCGAUGCUGCAGAACUACGUGGUUUGGGACCCUCUUGCUCCUGAGGAGCCGCUGUUGGUAGAAUACGCCCAGUCCCAUUAUCCACUAUCGGUGGGAAGCAAGCUUGAAGAUCCAACUUCUGCGCGGCUUGAAAACUUGGUAAAGCGAUACGAACAGCUGUCGAUAGACGAGAGCCAGUAG